GACUUCGUCAACAACAACCGUGGCAUCAACGAGGGCGAGGACAUUCCCCAAGAUGUCCAAUCCCGCGUCUUUGAGAGUAUCAGACAAGAUGAGAUCAAGACGCCAAGUUCUGGCAGCCUCAUUGAAGGGAUCUCCCGAGCUCGAUGGGAG